AUGGAGCAUGUAAACGGCGAGAUAUUCGUCGUCACAGGUGGAGGGCAAGGACAUCUCCACCCCUGCAUCGAGCUCUGCACACGUCUCACCGCACGCAACUUCAACACCACCCUUAUUAUCCCCGAUCGGGGUGUCGAAACAUCUCUCGAGCCUCCGUCUUGGGUCCCCGCAACACUUCCCCAAUCAUUCAUUCAAAACCCUCUAACUUCUUUUCUCUACAUCACUCCUUCAUCAUCCUUACCCCAUGUGGUUGAUCAAUUCCGCCGGGAAGCAACCACUCAGCUCAUGUUCCGCAUCACCGAUCACAUAACCUCAGACUCGACACCUCCUAUUAUAUGCGCAAUUAUCGAUAUCCAAAUGGAAUGGACUCAAGCCGUUUUUGCCGAAUGUAAUAUUCCAAUUGUGACGUUCGUUUCCUUUGGCGCAUGUGCCGCAUCUAUGAUGUCUUAUGUGAUGAAACUAAAAGCAGCGGAUGAAAAAUUCGAGCCUGGAGACCAAAAGAAGAUCAUUAAGGGAUUACCAGUGGAAAUGUCUAUUACCCUAGAAGAUUACAAGCGUUUCGACCGAGAAGUAUUUGCAAGUUUGACGCCAUCUGACGACGCUGAACUCGAUCCCACCCUCUUUUCUGAAACCCCCGAACCAGGAAUUCUACCGCGAUGGUUUAUGGCAAUCAAUGGCACCAUUGGAAUAAUGUACAAUACAUGUGAAGAAUUAGAAAAACCCUUUCUCGAGUACAUAGCCGCUGAAUUGAAAAUCUACAUGCCGGAUUGGAACGUGCCGAUUUGGGAUGUAGGACCCCUUUUACCAGAAAUAUACUGGAAAUCCGCGAAUGAUAAUUCGCUUAUCAGAGGAAGGGAGCCUCAACGCUUAUCAAAUCAUUCAGAAGAGGAAGUCCUCGCAUGGCUAGAUUCUCAAGGAAAAGAUGAGGUACUCUACAUCGCAUUCGGAAGUGACGUCGGCCCUGACCUAAUCGGGUAUUCCCACAUUGCAAAAGCUUUAGAAUAUUCCUCGAUAUCUUUUAUCUGGGUGAUACCCCCACUCGCCGGUACACCCAAAGAGUCACGCGAACCAGGGGGUUUUUACCCCGCAAAUCUCGCUCUCAAAGUAGGAAAGCGCGGGUUGGUAAUUUAUGGAUGGGCCCCGCAACUCCUCAUCCUGUCGCAUGUUUCUACGGGUGCAUUUCUCUCGCAUUGUGGAUGGAAUUCUACCGUGGAGGCGAUAGGAAGAGGUGUGCCUUUUUUGACGUGGCCGGUUAGGGGUGAUCAGUUUUAUAAUGAGAAAUUGGUGGUGGAGUUUUUGGGGAUUGGGUAUAGAGUUGGGGAGGAUAGGGAAGGCGGGGUGGGGAAUAGGGAAGAGGGAAGAGGGGUUGCGGGAAGAAGAUGUUAG